UCCAUAUGGCUCCCAACAGAUUAGAAACAAAAGUAGAAGUGCAAAAGCCAUCAAGGCUAUCAAUGGAGGGUCUCCAACGAACCAUAUCCGACAUCUCCUCCGAGCUCACAAAAACAGGUCUUACAGAAGCCAAGCCACUACCACGGAUCUCCGAAGUAGAGGCUGCGACCUGCGAGUGCUGCGGCCUCUCCGAGGAGUGCACGGCGGAGUACAUCAACCGUGUUCGAGGCGAGUUCAUGGGGAAGAUGAUUUGCGGCCUCUGCGCCGAGGCCGUAAACGAGGAGAUGAACAAGAGGGGUUGGAAAAAGGAGGAGUCUUUGAAGGAGCACAUGAACGCUUGUGCCAAGUUCAAUAGGUUCGGGAGGGUAUAUCCCGUGCUGUAUCAAGCCGAAGCCAUUAAAGAGAUUCUCAAGAAAAGCUCCACCCGAGGGAAGUCGAUCAGCCCUAGAGAAACCCCCGCCGGUCACCGCAACGGUAGAAUUGGCCGGACCUCUAGUUGUAUUCCGGCUAUAACCAGAGAUGUCUGUGAUCCAACCCUCGUCAAAUGAUAUUAUAUCAUAUACCACAAUAUCUAUAUACGUGUGUUUAUAUA